GUACCCUUCGAAGGGUGCUCCUGCGGUGAGUUCCUUGGGCUCUGGCCCUUGCUUCUCGUUCUCUAGUCCCGGGAGCCCGGCGGGUCCGGGACUCCAGUCCGUGCCGGUGCAGGCGCCGGCAUGUGGCUGUGGGAGGAACAGGGGGGCCUCCUGGGCCCCUUCUCCUUCCUACUGCUGCUGCUGCUGCUGCUGACACGCAGCCCCUUCAAUGCCUGCCUCUCCACUGGCAGCCUCUACCUCCUUCUGCGUCUUUUCAGCUUUGAGCCUUUGCCCUCCCGCAGGGCCCUGCAGGUGCUCAAGCCCCGGGACCGCGUUUCCGCCAUCGCCCACCGCGGCGGCAGCCACGACGCACCCGAGAACACGCUGGCGGCCAUACGGCAGCUAAGAAUGGAGCAUCAGGUGUGGAGUUGGACAUUGAGUUUACUUCUGACGGGAUUCCUGUUUUAAUGCAUGAUAACACAGUGGAUAGGACGACAGAUGGCACUGGUCGAUUGUGUGAUUUGACAUUUGAAGAAAUUAGGAAGCUUAAUCCUGCAGCAAAUCACAGAUUAAGGAAUGAUUUUCCUGAUGAAAAAAUCCCUACCCUGAGAGAAGCAGUUGCAGAGUCCCUAAACCAUAACCUCACAAUCUUCUUUGAUGUCAAGGGCCAUGCAAAUAAGGCUACUGAUGCUCUAAAGAAAAUAUAUAUGGAGUUUCCUCAACUAUACAAUAAUAGUAUGGUCUGCUCUUUCUUGCCAGAAGUUAUCUAUAAGAUGAGACAAACAGAUCAGAAUGUAGUAACGGCUUUAACUCACAGACCUUGGAGCCUUAGCCACUUGGCAGAUGGGAAACCACGCUAUGAUAGUUUCUGGAGACAGUCCAUAUUUGUGGUCUUGGACAUUUUGCUCGAUUGGAGCAUGCACAAUAUCUUGUGGUACCUGUGUGGAGUUUCAGCUUUCCUCAUGCAAAAGGAUUUUAUAUCCCCUCACUACUUAAAGAAGUGGUCAGCUAAAGGCAUUCAGGUUGUUGGUUGGACUGUUAAUACCUUUGAUGAAAAACGUUACUACGAAUCCCAUCUUGGUUCCAGCUAUGUCACCGACAGCAUGUUGGAAGACUGUGCACCUCACUUAUAGACUUUUCCCCAAGGGAGGAAACCACGGCUAUAUAGAUUGCCUGCUGGCCUCAUGCAGGAAUAUUGAAGAACCCUUGUGCUAGCCCGAGUCAUGGGGGAUCAGGUGGCCUACAGAAGCAAUAGUUGGUAAUUGUAUUUUUACCCGAAACGAAGCAAAACCUGGUGUUGCCACCACGCUCCAAGGAAUACCCGAGUUCAACACUGUUGCUCUUGAAAAUCUGGGUCUGCAAAAAGGCACAAGGAGCCUCAGCCAGCUCCUGCCCAGACCUAGCUGAGAUAUACACCAAGACCCAGUGAGGAUAAGCACAGAUUGAGUUAUGCAAUUUGGGGGUGCAAAUGCAAAUGCAUGGCAAAUGCAUGAUCACUCAAAGUUGACAUUUUAAAAUGACACAUUUAUGUAAUUAUUUAAAAUAUUUGUAUUUGACUACAUUAUCAAUGUACUAUAGAUGUCAAACUUGUGACCAUACUAAUAAAAUCAUUAAAAGGAGCACUAAGGGAAAACUGCGUAUCAAGCAUCAAAUCCUAGGACAUAAGGAAUUUAGGGAAGCUGCUGUCAGCAAUCCAGUGACCAGGGCAACAGCUUCAGUGUGAGCAAGUGUCAGGGAAGUCUUGACACCAGCCUGAGGGAUUGUUUGUGGUAUCUUGAAAUAAGAACUAUAGACCACUAGGUGGCAGAGUUUCACUCUUUGAGGCUACUCUACAAGUGAUGAUGAGGCAAUUCAGGGACAUCUAGUCUUAUCCUCAUUUUACACCAGAAAAUUAAAGCCUGUGAAAGGGAAGGGUUUUCCUCAGAAAUGACACAACUGGUGACAUAGCAGAACCUGAUCUUAUGAUAACAAAUUUAUUGUUAACUGUUUGCCAGGAACUUUAGUAGUUCAAUAUAUUAUCUUAAUUCAGUCUCACAAAAAUCUUAGAGGUAUUUGCUUUUUACUGAUGAGGAAACUGAGGCACUGAAAGUGAGUCACUUACUCAAGGUCUCCAGUUUCUUGGGGCACUUGGGGUUCAAACCCAGGUUGGCCUGCCUCAGAGACCCUGAUCUUAAUCCCCUUGUCUGCCUUUAUGACGCCCUUGAUUCCCAGCUCCUUCCCACAGAAGCUUCUGGAGGGGCUUAUUGUGAAUUUAAAUUUAGGAAUUGUGAACUGAAAUUUAAAAAUUGCAAAGCUGUCUUUCUCCUCUAGAUGCCCCCCUCCUUCCUUACCGCCCCUUCUGUAGCCUUGAUCACAGGCCCCAGCUCAGUCACGACUUCCCUCCGGAGUCACAGUGGGUCACCAGCCUCACGCUGGCAGCAGGCAGGCCGCCGGUCCACACAGCUUGAUGGUCGUGAGAAGCAGACUGAUUUUUGCCACAGUGGGUGUUGGCAGGGACAUGCAUAUGGGGUUUGGGAUCAUUUUCAAUCAUUUACAAAAAAUUUUCUUGAAUUUUAAAAUUAACAAUAGGAUAAAGACUUAUUCAAUAAAUGGAACAUAACUAAACUGCAUGUAUUUCCGUGUCACAUUAUGACUGGAAUGAUGAGAACUUUUAGCCUCCAGAACUGUGAGAA